CUAAUAUAUACAUUAGCAACGGCAUCUAAUCUCCACACCUCAGGCUGCAGAAGCACAGACAGGAGUCGCAGCAGAUGCACAGACAGGAGGAACAGAAGCACAGACAUUAGAAAUAAAAGGACAGACAGGAGGAACAGAAGCACAGACAUUAGAAAUAAAAGGACAGACAGGAGGAAAAGAAGGGCAGAAAGGAGGAAUAUAAGCAGCACUUUGUACUGCAGAGAGCUAUGAGCUGCCUGUAGAACUGUACCUGCAUGUCCGUCACAGAGGCGCUAAUAGCACCUUUCCAUUGCGCUGCCCACAUGCCCUGUGACAGUGAUCCUCACUCGCUUGCCCUCCCAUUAUAAGCGAUGCGCUCACCUACCGCCAUGGGAUUUGUCUGUUCGGCAACCACAGAUACGCAAGGAGCGUUGCGCUGCGUCUUGGCGCAGGAGAAUUGGUGACUGGGCGCAUCGGAGACACCGGGCUGGGAGGCAAGGCUGGGAGUGCCCAUAUCAGCCUGAGAAGUGGCCAGGUCUCGCCACAGAUGGGGAGUCGCAGAUAGACAGACGCAGCCAGAGGAAGAGGGAGGCAUGUUACGGCCGAUAACUCCUUUUUGGUUCUGAAGAUCCUGCUUAAUUGGGCCGAGAGAAUGGAUCCACUUCCUCUGCUAAUGGCUUCUAAUCUGGAGGCGGAAAUGAAGGACAUAAAUUUCACCCUUUUCAAAAAUGCAUCUGACAACAAGACAGUGGUUGACCCUUCGGUGUCCGGCAUGAGUUCCUUUAUCAUCCCUCUGAUCUACCUUCUGGUGUGCGUCAUUGGACUUAGCGGUAACACGUUGGUCAUUUAUGUUGUUCUGCGCUACGCCAAGAUGAAGACAGUCACUAAUAUUUACAUCCUGAACUUGGCUGUGGCCGACGUCUUGUUCAUGUUGGGUUUGCCGUUUCUCGCCACCCAAAAUGCCAUUUCUUAUUGGCCAUUCGGGACUUUUCUGUGCCGACUGGUGAUGACGGUGGAUGGGGUUAACCAGUUUACUAGCAUCUUCUGCCUCACCGUGAUGAGCAUUGACCGGUACCUGGCUGUGGUUCACCCCAUAAAGUCCACCAAGUGGAGAAGACCUAGAGUAGCGAAACUCAUCAGCGCCACGGUAUGGACUCUCUCUUUUCUAGUGACUUUGCCAGUGAUCAUCUUUUCCGAGGUCCAGCCAGAUUACCACACUUGCAACAUAAGCUGGCCGGAUCCAGUAAGUGUCUGGGCUGCUGCUUUCAUCAUCUAUACUUCAGUAUUGGGCUUCUUUGGACCUUUAUCGGUGAUUUGCCUCUGCUACCUUCUCAUUGUCAUUAAAGUAAAGUCCUCGGGUCUUCGUGUUGGUUCCACCCGACGUAGAAGGUCUGAACGCAAGGUGACGAGAAUGGUGGUCAUCAUUGUGGCCGUGUUUGUCUUCUGCUGGCUACCUUUUUACAUCCUUAAUAUAGUCAACUUGUCUUUCUUUGUGCCCGAGGAACCGGCCUUUGCAGGAGUUUAUUUCUUUGUGGUGGUCCUUUCUUACGCCAACAGCUGCGCCAACCCCAUCCUUUACGGCUUCCUCUCAGACAACUUUAAGCAGAGUUUCCAGAAAGUUUUAUGCCUACGCAAAAGCAACGGCAUCAAAGACGCCGACCUGACCGAGAACAGGCAGGAGAAAAGCAGUCGCCUCCAAGAGACCAUGCUCCCGUCACGGAACUCGGAGUUUAAUGGCCACAUGCAAACCAGCAAGGUCUGAAAUGUGACCCCCCCCACCCUCUCUUUCCCUCUUCAAAAACAUGUAAAAAAGCAAAGAGCACUUGAGGCAAAAAAGAAAAAAAGGGGAAAAAAUGCCGCUUUUAUGAAAUGGAAAUCGAGAGUGAAGCACUGAAAGGAUUCGGGAGAGAAUAUAUUUAAAGAUGAAAGGGUGUAUAUAUUUAAUAGGGGCUGGAGAUUAUUCACAGUAUUUCAGUAGCUAUCACCUUUGGAUCCAUUUUCUCUGCUACCAGUGAUGUUUUUGCCUUUCUAUCUCGCCAUCUAUGCAUUAUCCAAACUGUCCAAAGACCAAUUUGCGGAGGCUCUUCCGACCCCGCACACAUUGUAUUGCUUUCUUUUUCUCCGAUAAUGUGCUUUCUGUCCAAAAUUGGAGCCAACAAAACCACCCUGUCCAGUUCACGGUCGGGUUAACAUUUCCUUUUUGCAAAAUACUGAUCCGUGAAAAAACAUUCAGCACUUUCAAGAGGCUGCAAGGAACGGCGCCCGAUGCUCGCUGGCCUUUCUUUAUGUUAAAUACCAGAGGGGCACGUGUUGUGUAAUGAAACUGUGGGUUAGAUGACUGACAACAAAUCCAUAAAGGACAAGGUUAUCAUUCAUAAUCGCAAUCAUAAAGGACGUUGAGGUGCUUCUGACGUAAGGAAGGGGCUUCAAAGGAGAAAUGUGAAUAAGGAAUGGUCUAAGCCUGCAUGUCAAUUGUCAUCUCUGCAUGGAUGAAAAGUCUUUUGAUGAUCUGCAGAAUGGAAUAAAAUGUAAAGAGUCAUUGGGGUGUAUAGGGGCCACGUUAAUACGGGCCCCUGGUAUGCGCCAUAUUGCCUUGUUCAGAAUCUUACAAGGAGACUAGUGAUGAGCGAAUUUUUGGAUUUGCAGCGAAUUUCCACAUUUUGCUAUUGGCGAAUUAUUUUGCGAAACUUCGGUGAAAAUUCGGCGCACAGAAUUUUUUUUGUCGGGUGUCAAAUUGGGCGCAGUUGCAUCUAAAAAAGCACGGGCUACAAAAAAAUAGUCACGAUGCUACAAAAAAGACAAAAAAAAUUGCGCGGCAAAUGCGUUUUGCAAAUUUUUCACCGUUUCGCGAAUUUUCUUGCCGUUUGGGACAGAUUCGCUCAUCACUAAAGGGGACCUUAUGUCCCCCACUAGCAGGGUUCUUGCUGGUCAAGUAGGGUUCUGAUGGGGGACCUGUAAAGUAGGCAUGCCUGUUUGGUACCUGUAAUCCGGCACAACUGCUUGGGUUGCAGGUUUGGACAUCCCUGACCCAUAACGUCAAAUGAAGUCACAGUAACCCAUAGCAACCAAUAAGCAAUCAGCUUUAAUGGUCAGUUUUUAGUAAGGUUAAUGAAAUCAAGUGACAAUUUUAUUGCUAUAUAUUACUAAAACGGGCAAAUUUCAUUACAGCAAUACCUCCACCCCACUCUUAUUCCAGAUCAACUAGAAGAAAAUGUGCCUAGAGCAAAUUAGUAGGCAAAUGUAUUUAUUUAAUGGUAAAAAAAUGAAUUAUUCACACUUCAAAUCUAUAUAAAAA